AUGGAUCCUGGCAGCAGCAGCAGCGACUCGGCACCCGAGUGCUGGGACCAGGUGGACCUGGAAGUCCCGGGUUCGGCUCUGAGCGGGAACAGAGCUUCCUUGGCGGCUGGAGCCGAGGAUCCGCGCGAGCCGCUCAUCUCGGCCUUUAGCCAUCAAAUCAAAGCCCACGCCAAACCUUUCGUGCCUAUUGUACACGCUGCAGAAUUCGUGCAGUCCUUCCAGAGGGGCCGAGCCCAGACGCAGAGCCUCCAGGAUGAAACCUGCGCUGACGUGAGCAAACCGCAAGGUAAAAGGCUGGGACGGGGGGCACCUGUAGAUCAUUCCAAAGAGGAACAGUUAGUGUUGCGUGAAGGUUCCAGUUCUGCCGCUACCAUGGAACUUUCCGAAACUGUUGUAGAAAAUGCAGAGGUCUUAAAAGAGUCAUGGGAACAAAAUAAAGAAAUAAGUGAAGCUGAACCAGGGGGUACCUCCUUGGGGGAGACGGGGUUCCCCAAAGAAAAAGUAAAGGAAAUGAUGGAGAAGGAGAAAAUGAAAAAACAGAAAUCUGUGGCAGUACCGACAGGUGCCCCUAGGAAAGAACAUGUAAAUGUGAUAUUCAUUGGGCAUGUAGAUGCUGGCAAGUCAACCAUUGGUGGACAAAUAAUGUUUUUGACAGGAAUGGUUGACAAAAGAACACUUGAAAAGUAUGAAAGAGAAGCUAAAGAAAAAAAUAGAGAAACUUGGUAUUUGUCCUGGGCGUUAGAUACAAAUCAGGAAGAACGAGACAAAGGUAAAACAGUAGAAGUGGGUCAUGCGUAUUUUGAAACAGAAAAGAAACAUUUCACAAUUUUAGAUGCCCCUGGCCACAAGAGUUUUGUUCCAAAUAUGAUUGGUGGUGCAUCACAAGCUGAUUUGGCUGUCCUGGUAAUCUCUGCCAGAAAAGGAGAAUUUGAAACCGGAUUUGAAAAAGGUGGACAGACAAGAGAACAUGCUCUGUUGGCAAAAACAGUAGGGGUGAAGCAUUUGGUAGUGCUUAUUAAUAAGAUGGAUGAUCCCACAGUAAACUGGAGCAAUGAGAGAUAUGAAGAAUGUAAAGAAAAACUUCUGCCCUUUUUGAAAAAAAUAGGCUUCAGUCCCAAAAAUGAUAUUCACUUUAUGCCAUGUUCAGGACUGACUGGAGCAAAUAUUAAAGAACAAUCAGAAUUCUGCCCUUGGUACACUGGAUUGCCAUUUAUUCCAUAUUUGGACAGCAUGCCAAACUUCAGCAGAUCAAUUGAUGGGCCAAUUAGACUGCCUAUUGUGGAUAAAUACAAGGAUAUGGGCACUGUGGUCCUGGGAAAACUGGAGUCAGGAUCCAUUUCUAAAGGCCAGCAUCUUGUGAUGAUGCCAAACAAGCACAAUGUGGAAGUUCUUGGACUACUUUCUGAUGAUACUGAGACUGACUAUGUGGCCCCGGGUGAAAACCUUAAAAUCAGGCUGAAAGGAAUUGAAGAAGAAGAGAUUCUUCCUGGAUUCAUACUUUGUGAGCCAAAAAAUCUAUGCCACUCUGGACGUACAUUUGAUGUUCAGAUAAUGAUCAUUGAGCACAAGUCCAUUAUCUGCCCAGGUUAUAAUGCAGUUCUGCAUAUUCAUACUUGUGUUGAAGAAGUUGAGAUAACAGCCUUAAUCUCCUUGAUAGAUAAAAAGUCAGGAGAAAAAAGUAAGACACGGCCCCGUUUUAUAAAACAAGACCAAGUGUGCAUUGCCCGUUUAAGGACAGCAGGAAUUAUAUGCCUUGAGACAUUCAAAGAUUUUCCUCAAAUGGGUCGUUUUACUUUAAGGGAUGAAGGUAAGACCAUUGCAAUUGGGAAAGUUCUGAAACUAGUCCCUGAGAAGGACUAAGCUGUUUUCUUAGUGUCCAUACACUAUACUGUGAUGAUUGCCUACAACAAUUCACCUCUUUCUCUUAUUCAGUGCCCAUUGACAGACUUUUAUCUGUAUUUUGCAAAAAGAAAUUAUACAGCAAAAAUUUAUAUAUUGUCAGCUUCUCAUGUUGAGAUCUCAGUUUUACCACUGUUGAAUUUACCUGCAACUUUUUCUCCUAUGCCAUUCUACUUCUGUAGACAGAAGCAGUAGUAGUUUUGUAAGUGAUGUGGGUGUAAUUGUCUAUAAUAAUGAAAAUUUAAUAUAUUUUUAAAUUUUUUCAUUUCCCUUAGAAUAUUUAGAAAAACCUUUCAUGCAGACCAGAUUGUGUCAG